AUGCUUAUGCAAGCAAGAGAACGGUACGCAAGAGAGUUGGCUGGACCUAAUGAAACAAGAAGGAAGAUUUCAAACGUGGCGCCAGAGGAAAUACUGCCGCAGCUGAUGAGAUUUAAAACAUCACCAUUUAACAUAGGUUGGUGCUUCUUUUGUGACGGCAGUGAGUCUCGCAGGAAGGCCCUUUUACUUCUGCUACCCAGUCCUUACAUACAGAGUUUUCAGCAAUGACAGAGAUCAACUUAAGAAAAGGUAUGAUAUUGACUAUGUCCGACUUACGAGCAGCAUAUUUAUGGGAGAGUUUAUUGAAGCAAACAAUGUCCAUGAGGAUGCAUGGAAGCGAAAAGCACGAAAACCAUUGACUCAAAUUUUGAUACCUGAAGUGGAAUUUCACUGA